GCCGACGCGCCUCCAUCCUUCUAUGCUACGGCGCAUGCGCCGGGAGGCAGUACUGUCAUGGCCCAGGUCAUGGAGGUAUUGUGUUGGGACAGACAUGUAGGAGCACCACUCAGAUGUACACGGCUACUGCAGGACCUCAGUUGUUAAAUUCAGGAUGAAUGACAUGAACCUCAGUCCUGUGGGCAUGGACCAGCUCAGCGUGUCCUCAGUGAGUGCCAGCCACCUGGGUCUGCCCACCUCCCCCACGCACAAUCCCAUUCCCACUCCAGGUAUGCCAGUGGCCAUCCCCAGUCUGGGUCCUUCCCUUGGUUCUCUCCCUUCAGCCUUGUCUCUGAUGCUCCCCAUGGGUCCACUGAGUGAUAGAGGGGUGAUGUGCGGCCUGCCUGAAAGGAAUUACUCCUUGCCCCCUCCACCAUACCCUCACCUGGAAAGCAGCUACUUCCGACACAUACUGCCAGGUAUUCUGUCCUACCUGGCAGACCGUCCUCCACCUCAGUAUAUUCAUCCCAGCAGCCUUAACAUGGAUGGGACCCUGUCUGUGCCCAGUAACAAUUCCUCAGGUCUGGAUCCCUAUAGUGGCCCUGGAGGCCCACUGGAGCAGGGCCUGGUGCCCAUGGACUCCAGACAAGUUAGUGGUCAGGCAGACCUUCACCAGACAGGUGCUCAUGAGCUGGACUCUACAGGGCUUGCCAUGGAGUCACGUGUCAGCAGUCCCAUGUCUCCUGAGCGGAUGGGGGAGGAAUUGGCCUCAAUGGAUGGAGUCGGAGUAGUGCCGGUGCCUGACACCCAGCAGCAGCUCGGAGGGGGAAGGCAGCCCCAGCCUCACGAGGGCCUGACAGGGGUGGACUCUUCUGGUGGGGUGAUGCCCCUGCAUGGACCCCCUGUGCUCGAAUUGCCAGUGGUAAUGGAACAGGAUCACAUGGGGGGGCGAGUGGGCAACUCGGGGGGAGGGGGAGCAGGGGGACUUGGGGAGCAACUCCACACGAACGGGGAGCUGAACUCAGGCGUAGUAAGUGUGGUACUCACCGGCUCCAUGGCCAACCAGAACCAGCUGGAGCCUGUGUCUCUGCAUGGACACUCUGGGAUGGGGCUGGAGGCCGUUAACGUGUCCCCCAUCACUGCUGAGGUUUCUCUGGGGCCGGAAAACAACCUGGUGCUGGUGAACUCGACGCUGCAGCUCGAGGAUUCCUCUUCCAACAAGGAGAACAUGGUCAAUGCUUACAGCAUCUGGUGCACACUGUGUGAGUGCUCAUAUACCUCAGACUGUCCUGAGCAUGGCCCAGUCACUUUCAUCCCAGAUGCUCCCAUCCAAAGCCGGGCUCGCCUCUCUCUCCCGCGUCCGCUGUGCCUGCGUAUCUCUGUUGCCGACGAACCGCUCGGAGUUUUUGCACGGGACGUCAUUCCACCAAGGACCUGUUUUGGACCAAUGGUUGGCCAGCAUUGUAGCAACGUGGACCUCUCUGAUUGGCCGGAAAAGGACACACCUCAAAUAUGGAAGAUGUACCACAACAACGUGCUAGAGUUCUGCAUCGUGACAACAGAUGAGAACGAAUGCAAUUGGAUGAUGUUCGUCCGCAAAGCUCGGACACAUGAAGAGCAGAAUCUGGUGGCGUACCCUGCUAACGGUAAACUCUUCUUCUGCACAACCACUGAGAUCCACCCGGACCAGGAGCUGCUCUUCUAUUACAGCAGAGACUACUGCAGGCUGAUGGGUGUUACACAGGUACCCGAGGGUCAGAUCUGCCAGUGUGGCAAAGAGUGCGCCUCCUUCUCUGACCUUAAGUCUCAUCUUGGCAGCCAUAACAGUAACCACAGCCAUACCCAACCUCCACACAGCCACAGCCCAUCACAGCAGGACCACAAUCAGCAACAGCAACCACCAACUCAGCAGCAACAGCAACAGGAGCAGCAGCCCCAGCAACACUCUCACCAGGAAGACAAGCUGACAAAUGAAACCUCUAGCUCCUCCUCUUCCCCGUGGCCCUGUCACAACCCUGCUGCAGGGCAGACAAACACUGACACCGGCGCCAGCAGCGGGGGCGGCAGUGAUAGAAACUCUGAUAACAUUACCUCCAGGGCAAAAGGUCAGGGCCACGUGCGGGAGAAGAAAUUCAAAUGCAGCAUGUGUACUCGGGCGUUCAUUACAUCCACUAAACUCAAGGUGCACUUCAUGGGCCAUGUGGGGAUGAAACCUCACAAGUGCGAGUACUGUAGCAAAGCCUUCAGCGACCCCAGCAACCUCAGGAUGCACCUGAAAAUUCACACAGGUCAGAAGAACUACAGAUGCACAGUCUGCGAGAAGUCGUUCACUCAGAAGUCCCACGUGGCGUCGCACAUGCUCAUCCACACCGGGGCGGAGAAGCUCAAGUGUGACCUCUGCGAUCGAGCGUUCAUCAGGAAACACGACCUGAAGCAGCACAUGUUCUCUCACACACAUGAGCGGCGGAUUCAGUGCCCAAAGUGCAACAAACACUUCCUCAAGACCAACCACCUGAAGAAGCACAUGAACUCUCACGAGGGCCGCCGAGACUUUGUGUGCGAGAAGUGCAACAAAGCCUUCCUCACCAAAUACCACCUCACGCGCCACCUCAAGAUCUGCAAAGGGCCCAAGACAGAAAGGGGGUCCCGCAAGGAGCAGGACGCUGACGACGAAGACGAGGAGGAGGAGGAGGAGGAGGACGACGACGACAGCAGAAGAGGAAGAGAGAGACUGGUUGACUCGGCCAAUAGUGAAGACUGCGGUUUAGAUGUCGGUGGAUAUAACUCUGAAAAGUCCCUGUCACCCCCUCACUGACAACACUGUGCCUGUUGAGAUGUUUUAUUUAUUUAAGUUCAUAAAACUAUCGAUGUUUACCUUUCGUUUUUGCCAAAUAUAACUUUCUGAAUAUAUAAUAACAUAUUUGGCCAUCAGUACAAUUGAACUGCCACAUUUUUGUCUAGUUUCUCACAAGAGCUGCUAAAAUAAUCUGAGAUCUGACUGUAUUUUCUUUCCUCUCAUGACUCAGGCCUGUGUAAUUACUGGUUUUCGGGUUUCAUAUAAGCUAUCAUUUAUUCAUAAUUUUUCUCUUAAUCUUAAUUCUUCAGCUCACUCAGUAAUGUGGCUGAUAACCUUUUUUUUUGCUACAGAGUAAUAUGGUAGGCAUUUAUGGUGCAUUAUCCCACACUGGGUGUUAAAGUAAUGUUGCAGCUUUAUACUGUGUAAUGCAUAUUUUAAUAAACGAACAACUGU